AUGGCGGGCCCAAAGAGACAUCCGGGUGACGGGGCUCUAUGGCCCUUCUCCAGUAAACCACGGAAGAGCCAGCCUCACCCAUUCCCUUCUUUUCUAUGGAACUCUCUCCUCUUCCUGUUCUUGGGGCCAGGAGCCUCUGGAAAGGACUCAGCCCAAAUGGAGGUGCCAGGGAUUCUAGAGGGUUCGGUGACUUUCUUCCUGAACAUUUCAGUAGACAAAGAAUUGGAGCACGUCACCUGGAGUCGUCCCCAAAAAGCUCUUGCUUUUGCAAGUGCACAAAAACAUAUUAUCAUUAUGGACAAAAGCUACCAGGACCGACUAAACAUCAGCUUCAACAGUUACUCCUUAUCUCUCAACAAUCUGACUUUGGAAGAUGCAGGACCCUACAAAGCCCAGAUAAAUUAUAAGAAUGCUAAAGUCACCACUGACAAGGAGUUUUUCCUGCGUCUCUAUGAGCAGGUGCAGGAGCCUCAAGUCAUCAUAAAGUCUGUGAACAAAUCUGAUAGUGGCUCCUGUAACGUUACCUUGAUUUGCUUUGUGGAGAAGGCAAGGACAAGUGUUCUGUACAGCUGGACCGGGAGGGAUGCCAAUGCUUCUGAAUCCCAUGAGGGCUCUACUCUCACCAUCCAAUGGACGCUGUGUCACCCAGACCUGCCAUACACCUGCACGGCCAGGAACCCAGUCAGCCAGAAUACUUCCAGCCCUGUCCGCGUCCAGCAGUUCUGUACAGCUCCAGGAGCCUCCAGAGGAGAACCAAUGGGGGAGACGGUGGUGGGAGUCCUGGGGGAGUCGGUCACCCUGCCCCUAACAUUCUCGGCCAGUCACCCCAUAGAGAACGUCGUUUGGAUGCUUAACACAUCUAUUAUCAGCAAAGAACAGAAGGAAAUGGCAACAGCGGAUCCACCCAUUAAGUUCAAGGAUCCAAACAAGAACUCUAGCCAAGACUUCUCCCUGAAGAUUGACCAGGUAAAGAUGGAGAACGCAGGGCACUACUCUGCCUAUGUGUGCUCAGAGGCCUCCAAAGUCAUCAAAACAAAACACAUCACCCUGCUUGUCUAUGGGAGGUUGAAGAAGCCAAAGAUUACCUGGAGCCUUGAGCUUGCUGAGAAUGACAUCUGCAGGGUCAGUCUGACAUGUUCAGUGGAGGACAGUGGACACAACGUGACAUACAGAUGGACUCCCCUACCAAAAGGAACUAUCGAGUCCCAAAGAGGACCUCACCUCAAUGUCUUUUGGACAAGUGGUGAAAAUCAUCCCAACUUCACGUGCAUCGCCAGCAACCCUGUCAGCAGCAGCUCCCAGCAGUUUCUUUCCGGCAACAUCUGUCCAGGGCCUAAGAGAAGCAUGAAGUUUUACAUUGUGAUCUUCACGGUGAUGGCUGUCAUCGUUCUGUGCCUUGUGACCACCUGGUGCAUUUGGAAGCGAAAAAGACCUUGUUUGUCAGGUUCAGCCCCAACCUCCUGCCCCGGCCAAGCUGAAACCCCAGUGGAGGAACCAGGGUAUCAGGAGUUGGACACGCUCCCUCAGCCUGCCAAGCAACAGACUAAGUCCACCUCCGACGGCAGUGAAACAAGUGAGGAGCACCAGGAAAGGACUGACACACUCAAGGCUGGAAGACACCAAAAGUAUGUCUUGGUCAACCAGGAGGACACUCAAUUUGACUCAGCAUCUGAGGGGCAAGCAGAGUAUGAUCUCGUCACUCCGGAACCCGUAGUGCCUGCGUCUGUGGCCCAAAACAGCACGGUGUAUACGCAAGUAUUCCUCAACUCUCGGGGAAAGACCUCAGUUCCUCAGCAGAAAGAGGAUUUAGCCACAAUCUACAGCUCUAUACAGACACCUCAAAAGGUGGUGCCACCACCACAACAGAAUGAUCCUGAAUCUCCUGAAAUCCCUACCUAUGAAAAUUUCACCUGAAAAGAAAAGCAACUGCUGCUUCUACCCCUGUAGUUGGAGAAGCUGCUGGACAGUAUGGGGCCUCGAGU